AUGAGAAUGCAUGUGUUCAAUCGUAUUCGCGAGGGAGUGGUCGCGCAUGACCCAUACUUUGACUGCAAAGAGGAUACCCUAGGCAAGCUUGGUUUCUCUUCAUACCAGAAAUGCACUGUGGCUAUCCGCAUGCUUGCAUAUGGAAUUCCUGGUGAUCUUGUGGAUGAGUAUGUUCGUAUGAGUGAGUCCACAUGUCUCCUCUCAUUGUAUAGUUUUUGCAUGGCCGUGGUGGAAGUGUUCGGCCCGGAGUACCUCAGAGAGCCAAAUUCCACUGAUACAGAGAGGUUGUUGGCGAUCAAUGUCGAGAGGGGCUUUCCGGGCAUGCUUGGUAGUAUAGUUGGGCAGUACAAGGGGCAUGUGAAAGGUGCCACUCUUAUACUAGAAGCUGUGGCUUCACAAGAUCUCUGGAUAUGGGAUUCUUUCUUUGGCAUGGCUGGUUCUCAUAAUAAUAUUAGUAUUCUUCAGCAGUCUCCGGUAUUUGCAAGGCUUGCGGAAGGGCACUCCCCGGAGGUCAACUUUGAGGUCAAAAGCCACCAUUACAACAAGGGAUGUUACCUAGCUGAUGGCAUCUUUCCUCAGUGGUCCACUCUUGUGAAGACCAUACCCAAUCCGCAAGGAGAGAAGAGACAGAGGUUUGCCCAAAUGCAAGAGAGUGCUAGGAAGGAUGUGGAGAGUGCUUUCGGUGUGCUUCACUCUCGGCAGGGUAUCGUUUGUAACCCUGCAUUGACAUGGAGCACGAAGAAGCUUUGGGAGGUGAUGACUGUUUGUGUGAUCAUGCACAACAUGAUCGUGGAGGAUGAGCGCGAUGAUAGCAUCUACGACCAAGGGUUUGAUUUCCAGGGUGAAAAUCCUGAGCCUGAGCAUCCACUUCCUGCAAACUUUGAACAAUUUGUCGAGUUCCAUUAG